AUGAAGUGUUUGCUAAUCAAUCUUCUUGUUUUUGUUAUUGAUGUUAAUUCGGAUACAACAAAUAGACCUUUGUUUCUACCACGAUUACCGGUUGGUGAAUACAAAAUAAAUGUCUUAGCAAUGUUAUCAUGUGAAUCGGCGAAUUAUCGAUUUAGAUUUAAUUAUUACCUAAGCAAAACAUCUGUCAACACCACAGAAUUAAGAGGAAACUCAACCUAUGAAGUACCACUUGAUGAUUCUUUUACAAUUGAGGUCAAUGUGGCGGUAAAAGAUUCUGUUGGAGGUUGGAAGGAUAAUGCUCAUAUUUUCAAGACACCUAAAGCUUGCUCGGCACUCAAAAUGUUGGCGGGAAAAUAUUUUGUUUCAACGACGGAAACUUUAGGAAUGCGCAAUGUUAAUGAUUGUCCUAUUCCCGCGGGUUUUUUUGUGACAUCUGGCUUCAAGCAUGAUAAUGGACUUUAUAACAAUUUACCCAAGCAAUUUUUUUAUGGAACUUACAAAUUUCGUUAUCAACUGACCAAAAACAAGGUGGUUUAUGGCUGUGCGAUUUCUGUUGUAGAGGUGAAGCGGCCUUGGGAAAAUGAUUAA